UGUGGAGCAGCAUUGUGUAAGUAAACAGAGUGACGUACUCUUACGCUGGCGUCUGCAGGAUAGUCUGCUCUUGAAGAUACGCCAUUAAUAUGAAUGUAUGUCUUUACUGGACAAUCCACGAUAACUUCGCGAUACGGAUAUAAUCGAACACCAGGGCGGCUGCCCUGUGUCAUACCUCAAUUUGACCACGAAGGACUCGGUCAAUUGAUGUCACUUGGAUUUCAUUAAUAUUGACUGGACUAGCAUCGAGAAGGAACCUGUUCGGACAACUGGUUGUACACGAUAUCGAAUAUUAACUAUGUCUUCUCCGUAGUUUACCAUGCUAUUUUUAAAGUCCAUUAAUAAUUGAAUGGAGCUAGUGGACAUGUAUUAGCUUUUGCGUGCUCGGUAGCACUAAAGCUCACUGCAUCUAUUUAUGUUUCAGCGCUCGUUUCCCCUGUUGUUGUUAUUAUUGUCAAAAUAUAGAUAGCAUUCUAGGACAUAGCCCUGUGUAGCAGCGAUGAGGUUAGGUGUAGCUGCGGGAUUAUGUCACUACCAGGCUAACAGAUAGCUUGUUCUGCUCGGUCAUGUCCAGAAGGCUCGGCACCAUGUAGACUGACCCGGGUCACACAGUGGAUGUGGGUGAUGCAAAGCUUGAUUUCAGCGAUCUAACUGGUCCGGAUAAGCCGUAAACAAGGUGACGCUCAUGACAUUUAAAUGAGCCAUGUACAAAACCGUGUACUGAGUGACUUUCAAACCGUCGACUGGUGAACGCAUCCUGUCAUGAAUGUGUCUACACAACAAAGAAACACAACAUCAGACUGUCACUCCGAGAGCAAGAAGAAACCAGUGGGACAGCGAAUUGUGACUUAUUGCUGAAAAGACGGAAACCAAUUCAUCUCCUCAUCAUGGAGACCGUGGGAGAUUUUGAAUACAGCAGGAAGGAUCUGGUUGGACAUGGAGCCUUUGCUGUUGUGUUCAAGGGACGCCACAGGAAGAAGACAGACUGGGAGGUGGCCAUCAAGAGUAUCAAUAAAAAGAACCUCUCCAAGUCCCAGAUUCUUCUUGGCAAAGAAAUCAAAAUCCUAAAAGAAUUGCAGCACGAAAACAUUGUGGCCCUUUAUGAUGUCCAGGAAACGCCUAACUCUGUUUUCCUGGUCAUGGAGUACUGUAAUGGAGGGGAUCUGGCUGACUAUCUCCAAGCCAAAGGGACUUUGAGAGAAGAGACGCUGAGGAUUUUCCUUCAGCAGAUCGCUGCAGCCAUGCGCAUCCUCAACAACAAAGGGAUCAUCCACCGCGACCUGAAGCCUCAGAACAUCCUGCUGUCCUACACUGGUCGCAAAAAAUCUAACGUCAGUGGCAUCCGUGUUAAAAUAGCGGACUUUGGCUUUGCACGCUACCUUCAGAGCAACAUGAUGGCGGCCACGCUCUGUGGGUCCCCCAUGUACAUGGCCCCCGAGGUCAUCAUGUCCCAGAACUACGAUGCCAAAGCUGACCUGUGGAGUAUAGGGACGGUGAUCUAUCAGUGUCUGGUUGGAAAGCCACCAUUUCAGGCCAAUAGUCCACAAGACUUGAGGAUGUUUUAUGAAAAGAAUAAGAACCUUCAGCCCAUCAUCCCAAGGGAGACAUCUCCAGCACUUAGCGAGCUUUUGCUGGGAUUACUGCAAAGAAAUCAGAAAGACCGGAUGGACUUCGACACAUUCUUCAGCCAUCCUUUCUUGGAGUCACCGACUGCCAUAAAAAAAUCUUGCCCCGUGCCAGUCCCCAGCUCCUCUAACGCACCAAUGGACAGUUCUUGUGGCAGCUCUCCAUGCAUCCGCUACAACUCCCCUCCUUCUCUUCCAGACAUGCAGACUCUUGCAGAGGAUGGACUGUCGUCUCCACCACUUGGUCUGCCAAACUUCUUGCAGCUGUCCAAAGAGUCUGCCGGUAGCACCAGCAGCAAGAACUCCUCCUCAGACACUGACGACUUUGUUCUUGUGCCUCACAUCUCUGCUGACAGCUAUGACCAACCAAUAGGUGCACCACGCCGGCCAUCCAGCGAGUUCCUGAUGUGUGGAGGGCAGCAGCAGCAGACACCAGGGCACACUCCCAUGGUGUCUCCCAGGGCCGAGACCACCCCGAUCCCUGUUCCGACCCAGGUCCGCAAUUACCAGAGGAUUAAGCAGAAUCUGUCCAGCAGCCCGACCACCACCCUCUUCAGCUCGCCCAGGUCUGGCAUGGUGAGACGCUCCAACACAAGUCCAAUGGGUUUCCCCAAAGUUAGCUCCGGGUCCCCGUGUGCUGCAGACACCCCUCAGACGGUCGGUCGCCGCCUCUCCACAGGAAGUUCUCGGCCCUACUCUCCCUCGCCUCUCGUUGGAACCAUCCCUGAACAGCUUGGUCAGUGCUGCUGCCACCUGCAGACUCAUGAAGCUCGAAGCCGCAGCUCCUCAGGAGGUUCUCCAGGCCCGUCCUCUCAGCUCCUGGGCGCUCGCCUCCAAAGUACUCCCACUUUGACUGAGGUUUACCAGACCAGGCAGAAGCUCCACAAGCAGCUGUCAGACCCCGUUCAGCCCUCGUCCUCCUGCAGUCAUUCUCCUCAGCUGGGCCGCCCUGGCCACCUCAGCUCCUCUCCCACAAAACUCUAUUGCACCUCCCCCCGCACAUCAGACUGGCUGCAGAAGUCUCCUUUGCCCACCAUCAUUGGCUCACCUACCAAGACCAUAUCUGCACCAUUUAAGAUACCCAAAACUCAAGCGUCGUGUAACUUGAUGGCCUUGGCUGACAGUCCAGUGCCCACCAGAACGCUAGCAGAUGCCCGGGAGGUCUGCACUCAUCACUGUAUGCCCUUUCAUGGUGCCCGUCCAGCUGCUCCUGAGGGCAGCAGGACUUUUGGCAGGUCGGUCAGCACUGGUCGUCUGUCUGAGCAGCAGGUCAGGAUCCCUCUAGUUGGACAGCCCCAUCAAGGCAGCACGGACAGCUUGAACACAGAGCGACCAAUGGACACAGCUCCUGCUGGUCCAAGUUUGCCUGCAUGUGGUUCUGCCAGUCCUCGCACCGUCCUCUUUACUGUGGGUUCACCCCCUAGCAGCAGCACCCCUCCCACCUGCAGCCAUCUUGGUACCCGACCACGGACCACCUCAGUGGGUUCCAACAGUUCUGCCGGUUCCCUGUGUUCCACCAGUGGGCGUGUCAUCAUAGGCUCACCGCCUGGCAUGGCCAUGGGCUCGUCCCCACCAGGAGGUUUAGGGUGUGGCCAGUUAGUUCCUGGCAUAGAUGGCACAUCAAAUAGUCCCCGUUACGUUCCGUAUGGAACAUCUCCACCUAGCUUAGAGGGGUUCAUUACAUUUGAAGCCCCAGAAUUGCCCGAGGAGACCCUCAUGGAGCGUGAGCACACAGACACUCUCAUGCACCUGCGCAUGAUGCUCUCCUUCACUGACUGCAUACUGGAGAUGGCUGCUGUCCGAGCUGGGGGUGCAGAGCUGGGCGCCUCUGCUGCAUCGCUCUAUCCUCCACAGGAAAGUGUGGUCGUGGACCAGAUCAGCCAGCUCAGUAAAGAGUGGGGGCAGGUGGAGCAGUUGGUGCUCUACAUGAAGGCAGCCCAGCUCCUGGCUUCCUCUCUUCACCUUGCAAAGGCUCAGAUAAAAUCUGCCAAACUCAAUCCGUCCACAGCAGUUAAACAAGUGGUGAAGAAUCUGAACGAGCGAUACAAAAACUGCAUCUCUCUCUGCCGGCGGCUCACCGACAAACUCAACCAUUUUUUCUCUGACAAGCAGCGCUUUGUGGACGAGAUCAACAGCGUCACUGCUGAGAAGCUCAUCUACAAUCACGCCGUGGAGAUGGUUCAGUCCGCAGCUCUGGAUGAGAUGUUCAAGCAGACUGAGGACAUUGCUUACCGCUACAGCAAAGCCGCCAUGCUGUUGGAUGGCCUUUCUAAAAUCCUUCAAGAUCCUGCAGAUGUUGAGAACGUGGUCAAGUAUAAAGCCAGUGUGGAUCGGAGGAUCUCAACCCUCUGCUACUGCACUGUCACGCUGUAUGAGUAGCAGCAGCAGCACACGUGGAGGUUUUAACCCACCUAUCAUAACCUGUAAAAAUCGCUACAUAUCCAUACACUUUUACUCAAGUAUUUACCCUACAAUAUUAGGACUGGGGUCCCCUCACACGAGGUGUAUCUGGUAUACACCCUCACACGCUGUGGGACCACACCCUUAUGCUUGACCUGCAUCCUCAGACAACACCUGCUAUUUUAGUUCUUGUAGCAGUUUAAGCACUUUGAUUUUAUUCAUGUUAUUUGUUAUAUUUCUUGCUGCAUCAUAAACUGAACUAUAAGAAGCAAAUGAUGCGCCACUUUCAACCAAAGAUGUCAACGGAUUCCGAAAACAAGGACUUGAUCUGCAAAGUUUCUGUUCGACUUUUUUAUCUUAAUGGACAAGAUUUUUUAAAUACUGAAAUGGAACUAAGCUCCAACAGACUUUUUACCUUCGAGAAGCAGUUUCUCAAUCCUUCUUGCUAUAUGAUAUCAUCUGUUUUGUUAUCAGUGUUUCAGUUUGUAUUGUCUUUAUUUAUUGGUUCUGAAGAAACACCUCGAGUCCAGAGGAGGGAACGAUUUCGAUGAAAUAUUUUGUCAGUGUAGCAGACUGAUGUUCAACUCCUGUUACUCGAAGCCACAGAGAGCAGAGGACGAUCUAGUAACUGCUGUUUGCUCUGAUGUGGUCAGUUCAAGCACUUUAGUGUCAGCGGAGGAUGUGUGGGGGAGUGGGACACCUGUGUCAGUGUCAAAGGUUGUAAUGUGAAGGCUUGUCAAUUGUCUUUCUACGGCUCAACUGCAAGAUCAACAAGUCGACAGGAUAAAUCUGCAGAAGAGUUUGACAAACAAGGCCAACUCUCAGAUGACUACAUGCAUCAGGACACUCCACUGUUUUUACUCCAUAUUAUUUUUACUUGAGUUUAAAAAAAAAAAACAAACAAAAAAAAAACACAGGCUCGUAGUGAGACUGCCGCAACCAAACAUGAAAAUAGUUCUGUAUGUAUUUAUAUUUUUCUGUAUUAUAGGCUGCUUUUGUCUUGUAAACAUUGAAAACCUUUAUUUAAAUUGAUACAGGGAUGGACAGAUAACGAUAUCACAUGAAACCUUUUAACAAGUUUUUUUAAAGGAAGUUCCACAGGUGAAUUGUUGUCCUGCACUGACAAAGACUUGUUGAGCACCCUGUUGACUUUUAGGAAAGGGAGGUAGAUGUGCACACUGUCACGUGACCUCAACAGUCAUUGAGCAGUUCAUUAUUCACAAGUUACCUUAAUAACAACCUAUUGGAUGCGUAACAAUUUCUCAAUAUGUGUUUGUUUUUUUAACGAAACUUGAUGUUUGCAAACUGUAAAUAUAUAUAAAUAUAUAUUUGUAUGUGUGGUGCAUGUUUAUUUAGCCGAGGGUGUGUGCGGGUGUGAGAUUUUUACGUUGGGCAGCAGCCCUUCCUGCCUGUCGGUCAAAGAGCACAAAUCUUUUAAUGUACAUAUUUAACUUUGAUACCUGUCCGUCUGCCAAGGGUUUGCUGUAACUUAUGCUGGCAUUGCAGGAGUGUGCCAAAAUAUAAACUUAACGGCAGCUCCAACACUUUCUACCAUGAUUAUUCAUGUCAGACCACACACAUUUGUUCAGCUGGUCUUCAGCUAGCGUCUCUGAAAUGGCUUGGAAAGGAUCACAUUUAUCUGGGACUGUCUUGCUGUCUCGCCUGUGCUCUCAGUGAUACCUACGGUCUGUCCUGCGUGCAUGUUUGAGGGUAUCAACUCUGAUGUCAUCAGUAUCAAGUAAUAAUAGCAAGUGGCUUUAUGAAAACAAGGUCGCUGUCCUCUGUGUUGAUUCACAAUACAGUUCUGUGUGCGGAUGAUAAAGCUCACCAGACUCACCUGGGACAUCAGCCUGUUCUGAGGAGCUCUGUAACAUUCACAAGCACCAAGUGACAAAAGAAAAGAGUCCCUGCUCUCUACCAACAUGGAAUGUCUUAGAUAAAAGCUGGGCGACAAACCUGAAAAAUAAUCCUGUAGGAACUGUAGAAUCUUGAAUGUAUGCAUCCUGUAUCUCCUCCCGGUCCAGCUCCUCCUGCUUGUGUUUUGGAAGAACCCUCUCUGAGCUGACCCUGAAAAAUGCACCAUUUUUUUUUUUUUGUCUGUGUCAUUGUUCUUUAUGGAACUCAACGCAAUCUUUGUUAAUAAAGAGAUAAACUAAAUAUAGCUAUUUGUCUGAUUUUUUUAUUAAUAGAAAGGAUACACUGAACCGUUUGGUCUGGUAUAUUCAUCCCUGUGGCGUCACUCAUGUGCUAAUGCAGUGCAGGUCUUAG